AUGCGUAGAUCAAGCUCUAGCUCUCACUCCUGGCAGACUGCCUUGCAGAAGGUAUUCCGCAGACGCUCGUCUGAGUCGAAGGGCAAACAACCUGCUUUGGAUGACGAUUUCGAAAUCGGCGAACACAAGGACGGCUUCUACAAGUACUCUCAAGAGAUGCUUGAAGAGAAAAAAGAAAGAUACAAGUACUCUCAAGAGAUGCUCGAAGAGAAAAAAGAAAGAUUCGAGUCUCGCACGAUGCGUGCUUCAGACAGUUCCGAAGUUUUUUACAUGCGUACUUCAGGCAGUGCCGAAAUUACUUACAUGCGUACUUCAGGCAGUGCCGGAGUUUCUUACAUGCAUGGUUCAGACAGUACUGAAGCUUCUUACGCUUCUGCUAUGCCACCCAUCGAAACCCCGACUCUUCCUUAUACCAUCGGCUCGUCUGAAUGGCACUCUUUCGCUGCCCGUGAACAGCUUCUCGACAAUCCUUACGGCAGGGCAGCUGCAGACAAAUUUGGCAGUGUCAUCAGCGUCUUCUCGAAGGUUUACACCAUUGCCAAAAUCCUUGCUUGGGCACUCAGGAUGUAUGGCGUGGAGUUAGACGACGCCCCUGGAGGUAUUUUGGCUCGCCUCAAGGACGCAGAAGCUGUUGUGAAUACAGAUUCUCUUGCUGAACUCAUCGAGGGCACCGAAAAGUUUUAUUAUUCUCUGUAUGCGAGACUGGUUAUGGAGAUUGCCAACGUUGAGCUCUGUGGUCACUUCGACCUUAACCUGCGCCGCAUGCUCAUUAAGGAAACGUUCACCCUUCCUGAAACUGGUCAUCUCCGCGACAUAUUCAUAACAUUCAAAGACGUCCUGGAUGCCCCGGAAGUUUGCAGUGGCCUUGAUUACGACCUUGUUAAGCAGCACCAGGACUCAAUCAUUCGCCAUGCUACCGACAAGCUUGCCAUCACUGGCUUCUCUGCGCACGAUCUUAUCGGUUAUCGUACCUCCAUCUUGAAGAUUGUCUCCGAGGAGACUCAUCCUUUCGUUCUGAAGUGGAGAGGCCUCGUUUACCUGUAUCAGAUGCCGGGCGUCGAAACUAUCACCGUGAUGUCGGAGAAGUACCUGACUAUCAUGCCAAAGGUGACGGCUACCGAUGACUUCCCGGCGACUGAACUUCCGUUCGUCAACCGCGACUCAAUUCAGCUAGAAAUUUGGCAGCGCGAGAACGUCCUUGAUAACCGUCAGGCGACCCUGGCGAAGCUCGAGGGCAGGAGCGUCGGAGACAUCAGACGCGAUGACGGCAGACGUCGCCUUCUUGAUUUCGUCAAAGAGAAGAAGUGCAUCUGCCGUUCAUCUUGCAGUUGCGCGACUGACUGCACAAUGGAUGUCUUGCUGCCCUGCCCCUGCUCUGAGCGCAUCCUGCGCAUCGUGCUGGCCAAGCGCCACGAGGCUGCGGGCGAGCAGGACUUCGGCCCCAGAUGCGGCAGUUUGGCCAGAGCCUUCUUUGAAGGGCUGGCAAUGGUCAGUCGCGAAGUUGCUCACUAUGAGCUCGUAGCGGAGCUGCACCGCGCAAUGCAGCUCUUCGAAGCAGUGGUAGGCAAGCAGCGCCAGACCGCUGCCACGGGCAAUCGACUCGUUUGA